GGAACAAUACACCCUCUUCAUCUUUUAUUGGCGAAAAUCCUAACAAACUCUGAUAAGCAUGGACGGAGGGCGAACGAUGACGCCGUUGGCGAGGUUGCUAACCUUCUGCGCCUUCCUGGAGCACCGCCUGUACACGUCGAGUCUGACGUUGCUGCGUCGCAUGUUCACCGACUUCUACGCCGGCAACGAGCACACGCUUCAGGACUUCAUGCGGCUUGGGGCGACUGUCGUGACUGUGAUGCCCAUGGAGAGGAAGGGCCCUCGACAGUUGAAGGAAGCCACACGGCUGUUAGAUGAACAGAAGCAGGGAAACGUCCACGAAACGUCGACUGAGAUGGACCCAAAUCAACAGACUCAGAUGGACGCUCCAACGUCCUGCGUCUUCCGCUAUCUUUCGGCUCGUGUGGCCACUAGGAACAUUCUGUGGCUACGCGAUAUGUUCCACGAGUUCUGUCGGGGAGAGGAUGCGUUGCUACGCCAGUUCUUGCGGCGCGGCGACCAAGCGAUCAGUGUGAUCCCUGUGGAUAUCCAGGCCUUAUCUAUGGUUCCAUUGCCUCCGCCGCCGUUAUCAAUCGACCCGACGUUUAGUGUAGCAAUGGCGGAGACGGGGGUUCGAUCUGAGGCAUCGCCGGCACGAUCAAGAGAGCAGGAACAGGAGCAACAGUCUGGCAGUGAGCCGCUUUCAGAGACGGAAUUGCGUGCGCGUAUUAUGGAAGCGCUUGAGCGAUUGGAAGCGAAGGAGCCGUGGAAGGCAGUUUACAACCCCGAGAAGCUAUCGCUGCCGUUUUCGCGAGUCAGAUAUCCACAACUGGCUGCAGUAUUGCAUGAGUUCUGGCAGAAAAACGCUCGAGCAGUUUGGGAGCGUAAAUUUUGGUCACCGCUGUCUCGCUCACGCAAUCUCGAGCUGCACAACCAGCGACGAUGCCGCCAAAUUAAGGCCGUGACCUUUUUCGAGAAGAAAGUGAUCAUACCCAUUUACAACGAGUUUGGAGCAAGCAUUUUCAUCGGUAUGGAUAAGCGCGCUAAACCUUGUAGCGGAUGGUAUCAUUUCGACCAGGCUGUGGACUUGUUCACGCUGGCCCAGCGUAACGGGUUGCCUGCGUGUCUGCAAUAUGUGGAGUCGGAGGCAUUCAAGAGGUUCCCCACAGUCCCUGGCAAAAAUCGUAGCAACUACGCUCGAGUGAAUGGAAAAAGCCGCAGCAUGUGGUCGUCAUCAGAAAGUCUAGGACAAAUUUUGGGUGAGAUCAUCGCUUUGAAGGCCAAGUCAGAGGCCUGCAACAAAUCUGUCGAACUGUAAGUGCAAUGCAAAAUUUAACCUCACGUGCCUGACACGUACUCAUUUCUUGGCAUGAUGAAGCUUUGACGUUUGUCAAGUGGACGGAAUCCAUUUGACGAAAAGACGGAAAUAAUUCUCUUAUGGAAUUGGCUCCAUGUAUUUAAUUUGAUGACAGUUUCUUGUGCUAAGAGGUAGCGUUAGUGUGUUCUCGCAUCCACACCAAACUAGCACUGACCUCCAUAUUCUCGGUUCUUUUGUGCCUAUCGAAGCACACAAACCAGCGGGGCAUCCCCACUGUUGCUCGAUGUUUAUUUGUUAGCUUGGU